CGCGUAGGCGUGAGGGUGGGCGGGGCCUGAGUGCGCCUGCGCAGUUUGCGCCACUCAGGGCGGCGUAGGCGACGGGUCUGGAGGAAAGAUGGAAGACUACCAGGCAGCGGAGGAGACUUCUUUUGUUGUUGAUGAAGUAAGCAACAUUGUAAAGGAGGCUAUUGAAAGUGCCAUCGGCGGCAACGCUUACCAGCACAGCAAAGUCAACCAGUGGACCACAAAUGUCGUAGAACAGACUUUGAGCCAACUCACCAAGCUGGGGAAGCCAUUCAAGUACAUUGUGACCUGUGUAAUUAUGCAGAAGAAUGGGGCUGGAUUACACACUGCAAGUUCCUGCUUCUGGGACAGCUCUACCGAUGGGAGCUGCACGGUGCGUUGGGAGAACAAGACCAUGUACUGCAUCGUCAGCGCCUUCGGGCUGUCCAUCUGACCUCCUCGCCAGCCCUUGACGCCUCUCGUCUCAGCUUUCUAUUCCACCUUCCUAACCGCAGGUUGUGAAUUCGGUGAACACGUUUGUCCUCUAAGUGUGUGUGUUGUGGCACUCAAAACGUAGAGAAAUAAAACCAAAUGACCACACCAUUACAUGCACUGCACACUGUUAGUCAUAUGUCCUCUGGCAGUCUGAGGAUGCAUUGCCACUUGUCUUAAUUCAGUUUCUUUUCAAAGGUGCUAAAAACUGAAAUCUGCUAGUGGGAAAACUAUCUACUCUGAAAUGAUUCAAAUACACUAAUUUUCCAUACUUUAUACUUUUGUUAGAAUAAUAAAUUAUUCAAAUUUAAAA